AUGACGGCCGCUACAGCACAGCCACCAUUGCCUGAAGAAGGAGAAGACUCUUUGUAUCCAAUUGCCGUUCUUAUCGAUGAACUGAGAAAUGAAGAUGUUCAACUGAGACUCAACUCUAUUAGGAAAUUGUCGACGAUAGCUUUGGCACUGGGAGUUGAGAGAACGAGGAAGGAGUUGAUCCAGUUUUUAACUGGUGAGUUGUUAUUGAUUUAUUUUUGAUUUUUAGGUCUUUUUUGAGCAUAGACGUCGAUGUGGAUUUUUGAAAUUUAUGGUGUCUAGUAAACAAACUUUUAUUUAUCGUUUAAAUCAACAUUUUAUCAUUUAGACACAAUCUACGAUGAAGACGAAGUUCUUCUUGCUCUUGCUGAACAAUUGGGAAAUUUUACUCCAUUGGUUGGAGGCCCAGAGUACGUCCAUUGUCUUCUGCCUCCAUUGGAAAAUUUGGCUAACAUCGAGGAGACGGUCGUUAGGGAUAAAGCUGUGGAAAGCUUAAGGAAGAUUGCUGACAAACAUUCUCCAGCCGCUUUGGAAGAUCAUUUUAUUCCUAUGAUCUUGAGGUUGGCUCAAGGGGAUUGGUUUACUUCAAGAACUAGUGCUUGUGGUCUUUUCAGUGUUGCUUAUGCUAGAGCUAGUCCUCAAAUGAAAUUGGAGCUCAGAGGGUGAGUUGAUUGUUUUAUUUUGUUAAACUUCUGAUUUUUACAGGUAAUCUGGGAAAUUUAAAGCUUUUUUAAAUUGAUUGUAAUUUUGUUUUCAAUUAUAUGAUUUUAGAGUGUAUCGUCAAUUGUGUCGUGAUGAUACGCCUAUGGUUCGUCGUGCCGCGUCAUCUAAAUUAGGUGAAUUUGCCAAGGUUGUCGAAGAAGACAGCUUGAAGAAUGAGUUGUUCCCAAUUUUCGAAGAGUUGUCUAAGGAUGAUCAAGAUUCCGUUAGAGUUUUGGCAGUAGAAGCUGGAAUAAUUAUGGUUUCUUUAUUGCGUGAUGACGCUGCUAAGCUGGGCCAACUCAAGCCAAUUAUUAAAGAAUUGGCCAACGACAGAUCGUGGAGAUCUAGGUAUAUGGUUGCUGAGAGAAUUGUUGAGGUAUGUUUUAAAAAAUUCUUUGAAAGGUAUUGUGAGAAGUAUAUUUUUUAUGUCAAAGUAAGACUUUUUCAAAUGUUAUACUAUUUUGUUUGGUUUUCAGAUUCAAGAAGCUUUCAAAGACAAGAUUACCAUUGAGGAGAUGGUCGAAAUUUACACUAGCUUGUUGAAAGAUGCCGAAGGUGAAGUUCGUGAUGUUGCUGCCUCUAAACUUCAAGCUUUUUGCUCCGCUCUUCCUGAAGCUGGCCGAAAAGAAGCCAUUAUAAAGGAAGUUCUUCCUGUCGUCAAACCACUAACUUCUGAUGCUAACCAGCAUGUUAAAGUGGCUUUGGCUUCAGUAAUCAUGGGAUUGGCUCCAAUUCUUGGUCAACAAAACACGGUAGACCAUCUUCUUCAAAUCUUCUUGUCAAUGCUACAUGAUGAUACGGCCGAAGUGAGGUUGAACAUCAUCUCUUCAUUGGAUAAAGUCAGCGAAGUGAUCGGAGGUAACGAUCUUCAACAAUCAGUCCUCCCUGCUAUCAUUGAAUUGGCUGAAGAUGGAAAGUGGAGGGUGAGAUUGGCCAUUGUGGAACAUAUGCCUCUGCUGGCUGAACAAUUGGGCCGUCAGUUCUUUGAUGAGAAGCUUUUAAAGCUGUGCAUGGCUUGGCUGACUGACCACGGUAAUUUUUCGAAAUUUUAGAUAUCAAUUUUUUAUUUGACAAUUUUAAUUUUAUACUUAAAAAAAUUUAAAUAACGUUUUAAAAUAUUGAUUUUACGUUUAAUGUUUUGGAAAUUUUUAGUUUACGCUAUUCGUGAAGCCGCUACAACUACCUUGAAGCGAUUGGCUGAGAAAUUUGGCGCACAAUGGGCAUGUGAAAUGAUUCUGCCGAAAGUAAAUGAGUUGGCCGAAGAUAGCAAUUAUCUUCACAGAAUGACAUGUAUCUUCUGUUACAAUACCUUAGCUCAAGCGAUCGGAAAGGAGAACACCGUAGCCAAAAUCUUCCCAGUUCUGAAGAAAUUGACAGAAGAUGGAGUUCCGAAUGUAAGAUUUAAUGUGGCCAAGAGUUUGGGUAUCAUCGGCAAGGUUUUGGAUCAACCGUAAGUUUUGUUUUUUAGAUGUGAAACGUUGACUUUUAAAAACAAAUUAUUAUUUUUUUAGUUAAUUUUACUAAAAAUAUGAAUUUUCAGACUUUUGGCAUCUGAAGUGAAACCUUUAAUCAAGAAGCUCCAAGAAGACACCGAAUUUGAUGUAAGAUACUUUGCCGACGACGCGGCCGAAGCCCUCGCCCUGAACUAA